CCCCUUCCUGCCCGCCUGAGGGGAGCCCCUGGCCGGCGGCGGGCGCUGGGUUGGGGUUCAGCCUCGGCAGGUACCUGUCUGCUGCAGGCACUGACAGCUGCCAGAAGGUGGCUCCAAAUCACACUUCUGUGAUGUGGUACUGGCAUGAAAUUGUUAUAUACAAAUUACCUCAGCUUUUUGACAAGCAGACAUGGCUGUCACGCUGCAUACUGACGUGGGAGAUAUUAAAAUUGAACUAUUCUGUGAACGUACACCAAAGACUUGCGAAAAUUUCCUGGCUCUUUGUGCUAGUAACUACUACAAUGGAUGCGUAUUUCACCGGAAUAUAAAGGGCUUCAUGGUUCAGACAGGGGAUCCGUUAGGCACUGGGAAAGGAGGUAACAGCAUCUGGGGCAAGAAGUUUGAAGAUGAAUUCAGUGAAUACCUAAAGCACAGUGUCCGUGGGGUAGUUUCAAUGGCAAACAAUGGUCCGAAUACCAAUGGAUCGCAGUUCUUCAUCACUUAUGGCAAGCAACCACACCUAGACAUGAAGUACACUGUGUUUGGAAAAGUUAUUGAUGGCUUGGAGACCCUGGAUGAGCUGGAGAAGCUGCCUGUGAAUGAGAAAACCUACCGACCUCUUAAUGAUGUUCGCAUUAAAGAUAUUACAAUUCAUGCCAACCCUUUUGCUCUGUAGCCACAGAGUGCCUCAACACAUUCUUUAGAGACUGAUCAGAUUGACUGCUGGAUUAUGGGGUUUAAAGUGUCAUUAAAAAGGGUAACUUGAGCUGGAUCAUACCUUUGCUCAUUGGAUACAGGAUUUUCAGGUGUUGUGACAUUGUUUGGGAGUUACCACAGAGGAGUCUUGUGCUUUAGAAGCCAGUUUUUUCAGAGUAUCUUCCAGGAUUUUGAUUUUUAAACAUUGUUUUUUAUACUUGUAAAAUAAGAAAAGACUUUUAAAAAUAUAUAUUUUUUUGCAAAUCUUUUGUUUUCCGACUUAUCUUUCUUAGUGAUACUAUCUUGAAACAACGUCCUUUGCUACAGUUUCAUACUACCAGUUUUGUGAAACUUUCUCAUGUAAGUUCUAAUUUUCCUUACUUUGCUGGUUUUUAGAAAACUGAUUUAAGAUAUGCAAAUUUUUCCCCUAGGUGAGAGCAGUGUCAUAGAUAGAUUUCUCUUCUAGAGGAUUAAAGAUGGUGUUUGGAGGAGUGCUUGCUCUUGUGCUGCUCUGUUGGAAUGGUAACCUCUUCAGCCUUCCCAAGAAGUAGAUUGGAAACAAUCACUUCUGCCUCUAGCACAACGCUUUUGGUAUGAAAGAGUAAGUGUUUGUGUCUUUACAUAGCUGUUGAUUGAAACUAGGUAACCAUGGCUUUACUGAAAUGUGUUUUUCAUCACUUUAUUGCACAAACAAUAGGGGGUGAACACAACAAAGAGUAGAGACAAAAAGACUGUGAUCAGACUUCUAAACAAGAAUAUCAUGAUACAGCCAAAAUAAUAACAGAUACUGUGGCCAAGAUGAUGUUGAACAAAUAACAGAAAGUUGUUACUUGGUCUUAUUUGAGACCAAAUGUUGUUGGACUUUAAUGAGAAAGUCUGCAAGAAGGUACAGAGAUAUCUGAAUAUUGACUGGUCAAGAGGAAAAAUAAAAUACAUGCAUACAUAUGCACGUGUGUAUAUAUGUGUGUGUGUAUAUGUAUAUAUUGCUGAUCUUAUGCUCAAGUCACUUACUAUAGUAAGCAUAAAAUGAACUGAUUUAAGCAGGGAAAAGAGAGUGAUUUGUACACAUCAAAAAAGCAGUUCUCCACCUUGGGCAUACUGGGAAAAGCAGAAUGUUCUACUCUUCCUUGUAGAUUUAAAAAAUGCAUUUUGGCAUCAGUUUGUUUUCAUAAAGCAGGAAAAAAUCAACUCAUUUCCAUGUAAGUUCACUUUCUGGCUCUGUAAUAUGUGGAGGUGAGAAGAUGUAUUUCCAGUUCCAACUGUGCAUGAGAGACCUGGACAGGAGAGAGUACCCGCACUUCCUGCAUCCAACUCUUACCAUUCUGGAGUUCUUCCCGGGAUCCCCCUUGGACUCAGUCAACAUCACUUAGCAAAGUCCAUUCUCAUGUAUACGCCCUGUAAUCCUUAGGAGGUGCAGGUCCAGCUGACUUGCAGCCUGCUUCAGACCAGUAUUUCCCAUUUCGAGACUUUGCCUCUUAAGAGGAGAACUUAUUUGCAAGAGAAAGGCAAGGAUAUGCCAGGUACAGAUUACUGAGGCAUUAAUGAGCAGAGUUAAUCAGUGCCCUCACUCUGGGACAAAGUUUCUGUAUUCUGAAUGGAGCAUUGCUUAAAGCUCCUACCUGUUGCUCCAGACUUAAUACAUUUUACCAUAAUACCUCCAUCAGUCAAGUAAUGUAUUUAAUUAUUUUAUCUGUGUGCUCUUUGUGUCUUUUCCGUGUAACCAGUGGUAAUAGCAAGUAGACAGAAGUGUGCAACUGCAUGUUUGCCUGCCGCACUGACACUGCUGCCAUGCAGAAGGAAUGCGUACUGGAAACUUUCCUGGAGUGCAAAGGAACCGAUAGUUUUAAGUGCUGACAUCUAGCACUAAACUGGAAACAGUUUCAGGUCUAUGCUUGGUUUUGUUUUUGUUUUUGUUGUUUUUUUUUUUCCCUCCACAAAAAGAAGGCUGUUACAUAGAAUGUGUGAAAUAGCCCCCUUUCUGGAGGGUACAUUAAAUUUAGAUCCUUUCUGCUUUACCUAAAGCUAUGCACUGGAAGGAGAGUGAUCUAAUGGGACAGGGUUACAUCCUAACUUUUUAAAAUUGUAUUGUGUCUCUUUUCCUGUUGGUGGGUCUGAACCUUUUCCAGGUUCUCCCUGAGAACCUGGAAUACAAUGAGAAAAAUAAUGGUGGGGUUGGUCCCAUGCACUUGUUGAAGAGAAAGCAAGAUGGAGGGUAGGAAGUCGGCCAGCUGUGGAAGUGUGUGAUUGUGUGGGCAGUUGCAGGGUACAGCAUAUGUGCUGUUUAGUUGUUGCACGUAAAGAGCUGGUGUGUCACCAGCUGUUUGGACUUUUGUGACAUAUAUAAUCCUUUAAAUAGCAAAAAUGUUGCAGACAGUGCUCUUCUGAUUGUCCUUGACUUGUGCUUUAUAAACUCCCGUGUUUAAUUCCAUCACUCGGGUCCUUUAUAGCAAACACUAUAGCCAUAGGGUGAGUUCUGUACAAAUAGAUCUACCCGUGCAAAGAAAAAUGUGUACAUUAACACAACAAUCUUGAUGCGAUGAUGAUGAUGACGAUGACUGUGGUGGAGGGUCUCAUUGCGUAUAUUCUAGAUUGUCUCUGGCCUUUGCUGGCAUUAGAGAAACAGUAGGUGAAGUUGGUGUUAUAAGUGUCGUGCUGGGGCAGUACUUGGUCUAAGCUGGCGAGCAACGGACAAAAAGAAAAUCACAGUGUUUUACCUAUGGACAGUGACAAACGUACAUGUGUAAUGUACAUAUUGCAUGUUGAUCAC